AUGCUCAAGAAAAAAAAAAUUGGAACAAAAAAAUAUAAACGACCUGAGAAGUUAGAAAAAAGAAGUGAAGUUGAAGGAGAACUUUCAGAAGCUGUUUAUGAACCUAAAAUGACAAGAUCAAAAAUCAAAGAAGUUUUAGAAAAAUCUGAUUGUUUGACACCAUGGCUAUUGUCUUCCACAAAAACCAAAUCUGAGAGUAAGGUCAGCAUUUUGGAUAUUCCAUUUAAUGAAGAUGAGGAUGACGCCGAUUAUAAUCCAGAGAAAGAUGUUACUGCUGCUGAGGUUGAAAGUGAUGAUGAUAUUGAGAGUGUCAGUUCUUCUCUUCUCUGUUCACCAUCCAAUUCACAUUUAGUAAAAUCUCCAGUUUCACAAGUGACAGAAGAACAAAAUAUGUCCUUAACUGAAGAUGACGAUGAGAAGAAGGAUGAUGAAACAGAGGAGACGAUAGCACGACGCACUCGCUCAAAAUUACCUUUACAUGACAUGUCUUUGAUGGAACUAGAAGCAAGUUUUGUUGCUCCAGAUAUUACAGAGGAUAUGUAUGACACAGAAUGUAAUGAUGAAGACUGGCAAGAUUUCUUGAAGUCCUUAACAAAAAGUGAAUAUGUGGAAGACACACCUGAAACUCUUGAUGAUGAAGCUAAUGAUCCAGAGUAUAACUACUUAGCUGAAGCUGAGCAAGAGUGCCUAGAUGAUGAGGAUUUCCGUGAUGAUAGGAUGGUACGCGUAACGAAAAAGGAACUUUACAGUUUAUUGGAUGAAUUGUUCAAUGAUGAGGGCAAUGAAGAGGAAGAGGAGACUGUUAUCCAGCCUGGCCCUUUAAUGAAUGUGGACUUCAGUGCAAGUGGUCAACCAUCCAAUUUGAAUAUAAUGGUCACCACUGACCAAGAGGCUAUCAUCAGAGAACAAAUUAAACAGCAUGUUCAACUUUUAACGCAAAUGAUUUUGUUGACCCAGAAUCAAGAAGAAUAUAUUGCUGAACAUUCAAAUGCUCUUCAAUUGCUAAAUGAAAUGCAUCGUUUUAGUAAGAAUAGUUUGGCUGGGGAAAGAUCUGUGUUCAGAGUAUGCAACUUGGACGGUUCUUUGCAAUUGAUAGAGGCUCAUAAAGAUGAAACCUUUGCUAAAAAGAACAACUCCAAAGAGUUUACAGUUUCUUUACAAAAUCUCCUCAGCAAUAACUCCUGUUUCUUGUACCCUCAACUUCUUCCUACGAUGAGAAUGAUAACUAAAAAGUGGUCAAAAGACAAGUGUACAUUCUUUCCCUCACAAGACUAUUUGUUGGGAUUAGGUUUUGAACAAUUCCGUCAUUUUCCUUCCUACAUGAUGUGCAAAUGUAUAAGCCAACUUUUGUUACCAUGCAAAACAGAAAAGCAGAUCAGGACCCGUAUCAAGAAUUUGCGUUCAAAAAGGGCCAAAGACAAUCCUGUCAAGUCGGUGCAGUUGACAAAAAAGUUACCUGAUGAUUUCCCCCAUGCCACACUGACUUGCAUACAGGAAAUGAUUGCUCCUAAAGAUAAUGCCAGUCAUCCUUCUGCUCCAUCCUGGCUCAAGAAACGUGUUAUUCCUCCGUCCGUACCAGCCAAGAUGCAAUCAAAUCCUGAGAUUAAUAAAAAUUCUAACAGUAAGAAGAAAUCUGCAGGAAGUAAGCAAAAGAAGACAACCACAAUUAAAGUUGGCACAAACGAGGAGGUGGAGCUGUUAUUUCCUGAUACAUGUGUGAAAAGCCUGCCACCUGUUGUUGUAAUGCAGACUGAGCCUUGUCCUGUGCCUGCUGAUAAAUUGAAUCAUUCUCACUCAUCUCUGGUUGCUCCUGCUGCUAUCACCUUUUCAUCACCUCCAACAACAUCUAUUAGUCCAGAGUGUGUGCAACUGACAACACCACCAAAAUCAUCACCACAACAAUCAAAUUCUUCUAAACCUGUCAUGGUUGUCACCAGUUCUAUCAAUGCAAUAGCAACAGUAGCCACCCAGAUUCUGUCCACUAGUCCAUUGGCUAGUGCCAGCAAUCCACAUUUCAUCUCAGAGGCCUUAGCAAAACAACAGGAACUUCAGAAAACUCCUACCAAAAACUUGGUGCCUGUAUUUAAACCUUUUCAGAAAGUUUCUUCCAAAGUUUCUCCCUCUGUAUACAAGCCCCUUGCCCCCAAACCCCUACAGAUUUCCCCACCUGCUUUCCGGCAGGUUUCUCCUUUUCUAGAAAAAAAGCGUAGCAGACCCCGAAGGCAGGAGUUGCAACAGAAAGCCCGGCUCAUAUGUCCAAAAGGGUUCAUCAUCAAACCACAUAUCUCACCAAUUAAUAGGGCAGCAUAUGGUCUCAGAAAACGAGCCGCACGAUCACCACGGAUCACUAGAAAUAGUGAGCCAAGGACUAUACUACCCAAAAAUACUUCCCCAAGCCCCAGCACAUCAAAUGCCUGUUGCAAUCUGAAUUCAGAAAGGCUAAAAAAUAUUCCCAACAUAUCCAAAGACUCAAGCCCAUUGAAUAAUGUUUUUGGCUCAACACGUUCUGGAAGCAACAGGAAAAACUUUGAGGAUUCCUUACCAAAUUCUGCUACCAAAGAUAACUGGCAGAACCAAAAGUCAUCAGAAAAAAACAAUUCAUGCAGUGGUUCUGGAGGAGGACUGAGUGGAGGGAGUGGUCCUAACCUGUGCCAGCAAGAUGAAUCCAAUCUCUCUUUACAGAAUGGAGAUAGUCACAUUGAAGAUCUGAUGGCAGCUAGCAGCACAAUCAAUUCUAAUCUGAAAAGAAGCAAAGACACUCGAACCAAAGCACAGAAACGGAAUGACAUAAAACUUGCCAUGUUAGCACCAAAUCUGAUAGAGAAAGAUCCUCGACGAGAUCAUAGGGAUACGAUUUUUGCUCAGGCCUACUUGACCAAAGUGAAACAGACGUUGAAGAAUGAUAUGGAUCGAUAUGAAAAGUUCUUGAAAAUUCUUUUUGAAUUUGGCAAAAGUGAUCAUUCACCAGUUGUGCUUUAUAAAAGUUUGUCUUACCUUUUGUCGGAUUAUCCUGAGCUUAUCCAUGAUUUGGCUGGCUUCCUUUCCCCGGAGCAUGCUUUACAGUGUGGAUGUUACAACACUACCAUGGAUUUUCUGAAGGCACGCAACUUCCUCCGGAAGAUUGAGAUUAUCUUUGAGAAACAUCCAAGCCAGUACCAGAAAGUCCUACGGAUAUUUGCUGAAUGGCAGCACAAAAGUUCGCAUAAAGAAAAAGAACUUUAUGAUAUGUUGCUGCCAAUGUUCAAAGGCCAGGAUCAACUUUUGGCUGAAUUUUCUGGCCUCUUUGGCUUUCACUCACCUCCCGAAAGGUUAGCUAAAUCAGACAUUUUUUCUUUUUUGCAUAUCCUUUUCUCUUUUUCCUUUCUUUUCUCUUCUUUAUUCUCUUCAUCUUCCUCCCUCUUUGUUCCCCUCUUUCCUUCCUCUCUCCUGUGCGCCUUCCACUCAUCUGUGUUCCCCACUUUCCUCCUCCUCCCACUCAUCUAUGUUUUCCCACUUUCCUACGUUCCUCCCCUGCUCCCACUCAUCUUUUUUCCUACUUUCCUCCCCCUGCUCCCACUCAUCUAUGUUUUCCCACUUUCCUCCUCCCACUCGUCUAUGUUCCCCACUUUCCUCCUCCCACUCGUCUAUGUUCCCCUCUUUCCUCCUCCCACUCGUCUAUGUUCCCCACUUUCCUCCUCCAUCCUAUGUCCCCCUCCCUAUUCUGACUUUACCAGCAAGCUGACUGGCUUUGAGGAUGUAGAAUUGCCAGAUGAAGCCAACCGCUAUGGACUUCCUGGUUGUCCGUGCCAGUGUCACAAAGAUAAGGAUAAUGUGCAAGCAGAAAAUCAAGGAAAGAAGAAAAAGAACAAGAAAUUAAAUCAUUGUUCUCUCUGUGGACUUACCGUAAAAGAUGGGAAACUGUACUUCAAGAUGCCUGGCAAAUGGAAACAGGCCCGAGCCACAUUCUCUGAACCGUUUGAUCUUAAUAGUCCAGAGAAAGAACCCCAGCCAGAAGAGCCUAAUUUUUUGCCAGCAGAACUGAAAACUAUCAUUAAACAACCUCCAUCAAGUAGCAGCAGCAGUAGUAUUAGUAGUAGUAGCAGUAAUGUUUGUACUGGAGCAAGCUCAAUGAUUGAUCCAUCAAAGUCUCUACCAUAUUCUACUCAUUGUUCUGUAAAGAGUACAUUUAAUACCAUUGAGAUAAGUAAACCACUUGAUCAGCAGUCGUUCAUCCCACUCAAAGAUAUUUUGGAUUCUUCGAUAAAUGCUGCAAAAGAAAUUAAGGCUGUGAAAUUCUGGCCAAACAGUUCUAGCACCAUUACGUUAAAAGCAGAUGAUGUAGCAGCUCAGAUAGAAGCACUUCCUGCAGUUGGUCCCAGCAUGCCCACAGACUUCCUUCUUCCUCGUACUUCCGAACCAUCGCUACCUUCACCAUCACUUCAAAAUGCCAACUUAAUAGCAACUGCUCGUCCACCAUCAACAAUUGUGCUGCCCCCAUUGACAGUAGCAUCUCAGUCCCCACUUAGUGCAGUGACAGUGCUUCCAUUGUCUUCAGUGACCCUCAUCCCACACACUGCCAAUAGCUCCAAUGUACAAACUGUAAAUAUAAACAAUCAACUGACUGUAGGCAGACACAUCGUGCACAGCUAUCCCCGUCAAAACGGGAUCAGCCUUAACAGAAAUGUGAUAUCAAAGAGUCGGACGAGGUUGUCCCCAAAAGGAAAGAAAGAAGCAACGCUCAAUUCUAUUAUGAAUAUGGCCAUGGGGAAAAGAAAUCAACAGAUUCUAGCCUCUCCAGUUGUUCUAAAAACAGAGACCGCUUCCCCCAAAUCUGUCACUGCUGUUAAAUUGCAGUGUGCCCCAGAAACUGUUGAAAGGUGGACAAAAAUUAUGGAUAAGUUAAUCCUUGAUACUACAAAGGAUCAUGGAGCCACUUCUCAGGUUUUCGAAUUUUUAUCUACAAAAAUCCAAGGCAAAACACCCGAAGCUAUAAAAACCAGAUACUCACAACUGCUACAGUAUUUGGAACAUCUCAAGAGAUGA